AUGAAUCAAGUGAACACAACCCCGGAACCAGAAGGAGCAUCUAAUCCUACACAAGAAAGUACAUGUCCAACUCAGGAGGUAUCUUCUAAUCCGAAUCCGACACCUGAACCUGAUAUUGGGCAACAAGAAGAAAUUGAUACAAUUUUAGAACCUGCAUCAAAGAAACUUAGAAGUAAUGUGUGGCAAGAAUUUAAAAAGAUGAAAGUGAAUGGAAAAGAUAAGGCUGAAUGCAUCUGGUGUAAAAAACAACUUAGUGGCACUUCAAAGAAUGGAACAAAUCACUUGAAAGGACAUCUCUUGAGUUGUAUUCAAAAAAAGAUCAAGACUAGAAACCAUGACAAAGGACAACCAUUUCUCCUACCGACUAUCUCAGAAGGAAAGCAAGAGUUGGGAAUUGGAACUUAUGAUCCAGAACAUUCGAAUCUUGAGGUUCAUUUAUGUUCCAGCCCCUCACACUAG